ACUUCUCCCGCCUUGGGUGAGGCGAGACUCUUACUGACUAAAAACCACCCCGUUCCUACUCCUGCUUUGAGCCGGAGCCCCGGUAACCUUUUACGUUGUCCGCAGCUCCGGUAUUUGACAGCCCUACCUAUCUUAAAUAGGAUGAGUAAACAAGGUAAGAGAAUAUGGAAGUAAAAUCCAAUAUAAAACUGCAAAUCCGAAGCAGAUUUUAUUCAGUGAAGUUUUAUACUCCGUGUCGACAUAAUAGCUGUCAUUUGACAAUACCUAAUUCAAAAUGGCGAAGAUUUUGUUUAUAAUUUGCGUCGCUAUAGCAACCGUGGCUCUAGCAACAGAAGAAAAGAAGUACAAUUGUGAUUAUCAAUUUGGUGACCCAUCAUGGAACCUCACAAAGGAAUAUUAUAACGUGAUCCAUACAGUGCGGAGAGGUUCAAAGCACGCUGAGACUAUACUACCAUUGGAUGAAGGUUACAUGAUAAGCUACGUGUGUGUCACCAUCCCAGGCGUCGACAAGUCUACCACUAAAGUAGCAUUCUCUUCGUUAUACCACAAAGUAUCCGUUGAAUUAGCUGAUAAUGCUCCUAAAAAUAUAGUUUACAAUGUUGUAGCUAAAAGGCAUGGGUAUUAGACAAUAAUUAAUUAUGUUAAAGUAUUGUACGUAGGUGUGUAGCGCUCUGUAGUAUUUUGCCUACAAGAGCUUGAAUGA